AUGGCUGCUGCAAAGCCACUCGUCCUCAAACAGCACGCCGACGAGGACUGGAAGCGAAACGAUGAUCGUUUCCAGUCAUUCCAGGCGGCGUACGGUACAAUCUCUAUCUUUGAGGACCAUACAGCUAUCGAGAAACUACAUGGGAGAUUCUCCAAAUUCCCUUUGACCGUCUUUGAGGGUUUCGCCGAACACUCCAAUGCCAUGCAUCAAAUUACGAUUUGGACUGCCCUUGAGCUCGAAGGCCUUGGUGCCAGGCUGCAGCACUCACACUUUGUGCCAGGAGUAGAGGACGGUAUCAGAUCCGCAUUUAGCAUCCCGUCCACAUGGUCCAUCAAGGCAGAAAUUGUAUUUGGCGGCCUGCCCGGCGAAAUGCCGACUGUUCCUGAGAAGGAACCCGUCUCCACUACCGUAAAGGUCUACCGUUGA